AUGGGCUGUCAACUUUGGAUAACAGGGUUGAAUCCAUUCGAUUUAGAGUCCACUUCGUUGCUGAAAGAAAUCGACCUUUGCAAGGUGCUGAAAUUGGACGAAACUUCGUCACCGAUUAUACAGUUCGGUCCAACGUCGGCGUACGUAGCCAACGGUAACACUCUCACUACAACCUGCGCAAUAACGGAACAACAACGGAAGAUCGAGUUUCCGUCCCUCAUCAGCUCGCUGGCAGCCAACAGUAGAUAUUGCUUGGUGCUACUGGAUACUGGCCAACUCCUGAAGUACGAUCCCGCUGAAGAUCGUACGAUUCCACUCGAUUUUCUCGGGUGCGAAGGGCAACAUGAAAAUUCGCGCGGCGAACGGAUCACUCACGUGGCCUGCGGGGAAUGCGGUAGUGUGGCGGUGACGUCGACGAAUGCCAUCUACAACAUCCCCAAUCGAACCGCCACUCUGCCGAAGCACGAGCGCGUCAGGAAGAUAGUGGCCGGAUUCGAGCACACCCUGCUGCUUACCUCGAACGGAGACGUUUAUAGCUGGGGCGGUGGAUUACGUGGUCAGCUCGGGAACGGUGAGAUUGCACCGUCGGAGGUUGCUCCGAAGCUCGUCGAAGCUCUGGCUGGGGUCAAGAUGGUGGAUAUCGCAGCGGGCGGAUGGCACUCGGCGGCCGUCUCUUCGUUCGGCGACCUCUACACGUGGGGCUGGAACAACCAGGGCCAGCUGGGGCUGACCGAUUCCCGGUAUCACGAUCGCGUCGUUUCGCAACCACAGCUCGUGCCGUUCUCUGACGGCGACGAGAAUGUAACGGUGACGCAAGCGCACUGCGGCAUUGGCCACACGGUAGCGGAAGUGACGGUGGCGGGUAAUGACAAUUCCCGGCGCAUCCUGAUCGCCGGAUGGGAUUUGCAGAGGCGCUUCCAAUACGAUCGUGCAACGCUGCCACCCGUGUUCGAAGGUUUCCGGAAGCUAGCACCACCAGCCGUCAUCGGUGUGGGCCAUGGGCCAUUCGAGCUUGGCGUUGGACCGAAUCAGUGUUACUUUCUGGCGUCCGGAAAGGGCUGCGCAGUGGAAUAA